GUUCCUGGGGGUUGGAGAAGAGGGGGGAAUCAGACCUCUCGAAGAGAAUGUAAUAAUUCUUCCUGUGUCUCUGUUCCGGGUGCUCAUUUAGACUAAACUUUAAAUGCAUCUUGGUCCCUUUUGAAGGGACCUCUCUAGGAACAAGAAUGAUUGCCCAGCCUGAACUGAUUAGACCUUUCCAGAUUCAUUUCCCUGCGAGGAGAGAUUUGAAAAUGAAAAUGAAAAUAAAAAUGUCAGCAAGGCAGAAGCCAAUGUAAACAUUUUAAAACUUAGAGCCGUAAACUAGCAAGCAGCUGUCAUUUACCUCUACUUAACUUUUUCCCUCCUUUCCAUAAUUUGGUCCUAAGUGAUCCUGAAAAAAAAUAAAACCACUGACCAAUUAAACAGCAGUUGCAUUUUUCUCACUGGUAGAUUUGGGGUAAACUCGUGGGACAGAAGCCUUUCAUUUCUAGUGGAUUACACUUCAGGGAAAAAAAAAAAAACACGUUAGGGCUGUGUUAUUUCAGUUGUUGGAGAACUGAAGUCAUGUACUCCCUUCUGAGAAUUUUGUCCCAGUUGCUGAUUUAUAGCUUUUGCUUUGUGUACGUGUCUCUCUGUCUUCUUCUCUUCUGGUUGGGCCUCUGGAAAGAAAGCGUUGUCAAUAAUACAGUGAAAAUAUUGUAGUCAGAUGCGCUGGGUAAGGAGACCUCUCCGUGCACGGCGCACUCCCCGAGCUGCCCUGCUUUUAUCUGAGGGGCAGAUCCCACAGCUCACAAUUAUGGUCUUUGACUUUGGUAACAAUUCUGUUUGAAAUGUUUCCAAUUACACACAAUAUUGGCGGCAUGUAGCAGCUGCACGCCAAAAAAGCAUUUCCAAGUGUGUUCCAAGAAUCAGGCUGUGAUUGCUUUUAAUUUAAAUAAAGGCUAUUUGGUUUCCUGUGAAGUUUUUUAUAACCACCUCUGACCAGCAGCCCCCUGCCCAUUUUUUGUUGCCUUAAAAAAAAAAAAAAGUCUGGUAGAAACUAGCCACCACUUAAUGUGAUACAAUAUUGGCCCUGGUUUUUCUAGGAUGGCCUUUGGCUUUGCACAAGCAUGAGAACGGUUCAGUAAAGGAAACUUUAAAGAAACGUUGUGCAGCAGUUUGGAUUUCCCCAAAGAAGAAAAGAAGGAAAGGUUAUCUGAUAACAUAUUCUGCCACUGUUUGAUGUCCUGGGACUGAGAAGCCAGCUCUGCGACUUCACUGUUAUGCCUUUGGAGAUGGAGCCCAAGAUGGGCAAGCUGGCCUUCGGCUGCCAGAGGAGCUCCACGUCGGACGACGACUCGGGCUGCGCGCUGGAGGAGUACGCCUGGGUGCCCCCGGGGCUCCGGCCCGAGCAGAUCCAGCUCUACUUUGCUUGCUUGCCGGAGGAAAAGGUCCCUUACGUUAACAGCCCUGGAGAGAAACAUCGAAUUAAACAGCUUUUGUACCAGUUGCCACCACAUGAUAAUGAGGUGCGAUAUUGCCAGACUUUGAGUGAGGAGGAGAAAAAAGAGCUGCAGGUGUUCAGUGCUCAGCGGAAGAAAGAAGCACUUGGAAGAGGAACGAUUAAACUUCUGUCCAGAGCAGUGAUGCAUGCUGUGUGCGAGCAGUGUGGGUUGAAGAUCAACGGAGGAGAAAUCGCCGUGUUCGCCUCGCGAGCGGGCCCCGGCGUGUGCUGGCACCCGUCCUGUUUUGUCUGCUUCACGUGUAACGAACUGCUGGUCGACCUCAUCUAUUUUUAUCAGGAUGGAAAAAUCCACUGCGGCAGGCACCACGCCGAACUGCUGAAGCCCCGGUGUUCCGCCUGCGACGAGAUCAUCUUUGCUGACGAGUGCACAGAAGCCGAGGGCCGCCACUGGCACAUGAAGCACUUCUGCUGCCUUGAGUGUGAGACGGUGCUCGGGGGGCAGAGGUACAUCAUGAAGGACGGCCGCCCCUUCUGCUGUGGCUGCUUCGAGUCCCUGUACGCCGAGUACUGCGAGACCUGCGGGGAGCACAUCGGUGUGGACCACGCGCAGAUGACCUACGGCGGGCAGCACUGGCACGCGACGGAGGCCUGCUUUUCCUGCGCCCAGUGCAAAGCCUCCCUGCUGGGGUGUCCCUUCCUCCCCAAGCAGGGUCAGAUCUACUGCUCCAAGACGUGCAGCCUCGGGGAAGACGUCCACGCCUCGGACUCCUCCGACUCUGCCUUCCAGUCAGCUCGGUCGAGGGACUCCAGAAGGAGCGUCCGCAUGGGCAAGAGCAGCCGGUCAGCAGACCAGUGUCGCCAGUCUCUCCUCUUGGCCCCGGCUCUGAACUACAAGUUCCCCGGCCUCUCAGACAACGCUGACGACACCCUUUCUCGGAAACUGGAUGAUCUGAGCCUUUCCCGGCAAGGAGCAAGUUUUGUCAAUGAAGAAUUUUGGAAAGGCCGGGUGGAGCACGAAACCCCAGAAGACCCUGAAGAGUGGGCCGAGCAUGAAGAUUACAUGACGCAGCUCCUCCUCAAGUUUGGUGAUAAAAGCCUCUUUCAGCAGCAGCCCAGCGAGACGGACAUUCGAGCCAGCGAGCACUGGAUAUCUGAUAACAUGGUUAAAAAUAAGACCGAGUUGAAGCAAAAUAACCAGAGCCUUGCAAGUAAAAAAUACCAGUCUGAUAUGUAUUGGGCGCAGUCCCAAGAUGGACUGGGCGAUUCUGCGUAUGGCAGCCACCCGGGCCCCGGCAGCAGUCGAAGGCUCCAGGAGUUGGAUCUGGACCACGGGGCCUCGGGAUACAAUCACGAGCAAACACAGUGGUACGAAGAUUCCCUGGAGUGUCUGUCAGACUUGAAACCAGAGCAGAGUGUUCGAGAUUCCAUGGAUUCUUUGGCUUUGUCUAAUAUCACAGGGGCUUCGGUGGACGGAGAGAGCAAGCCGAGGCCGUCGUUAUAUUCUCUGCAGAACUUCGAGGAGAUGGAGGCAGAAGACUGCGAGAAGAUGAGCAACAUGGGGACCCUGAACUCGUCCAUGCUGCACAGGAGCGCCGAGUCCUUGAAGAGCCUGAGUUCAGAGCUGUGCGCGGAGAAGACCAUGCCCGAGGAGAAGCCGGUGCACCUGCCGGUGCUCAGGAGGUCCAAGUCCCAGUCGCGGCCGCAGCAGGUCAAGUUCUCGGAUGACGUCAUUGACCGCGGGAGCUACGAGAACAUCGAGGUCCGGCAGCCCCCGAUGAGCGAGCGCACGCGGAGGCGCGUGUACCACUUCGAAGAGCGCGGGGCGCGGCCGCAUCACCACCACCACCGCCGCCGGCGAAGCCGCAAGUCCCGCUCGGACAACGCCCUGAAUCUCGUGACGGAAAGGAAGUACUCGCCCAAGGCCAGGCUGCGGCUCUACACCCCCGACAACUACGAGAAGUUCAUACAGAGUAAAAGCGCCCGCGAGGUGCAGGCGUACGUCCAGGGCGCCGACCUGUACGGCCAGUACGCGCACGCCACCUCCGAUUACGCCCUGCAGAGCCCGGGCGUCCACCGCUUUCUGGGGCUCUGCGGGGAGGAUGACGACUCCUGGUGCUCCUCCUCCACCUCCUCGUCCUCCGACUCCGAAGAGGAAGGGUAUUUUCUGGGACAACCCAUCCCUCAACCCCGGCCGCAGAGAUACGCCUGCUACACAGACGACCUUUCUAGCCCCGCUCCUGCACUGCCCAGCCCCCAGUUUGGUCCGAGGACAACUAAAUCCAAGAAGAAAAAGGGACACAAGGGCAAAAACUGCAUCAUAUCCUAACCUGGUAGCUGUGGAGAUCGUAUUUAAACGUAGCCAUUAACCAUCUUAAAUCAUAUCUUUUUUUUCUUCCAUAGGAGAGUUGCUAAAUAGAUUAAAGUGCUUUGCCCAUGUAAAUGAGACCCCGACUGCUGUUUACGGUGUCAGAUUAACGUUUGGAAGGUGUGAUUUCUCCAGCUGACCCUCCUCGGAUGGUGCCAGGUGGACGGGACGUCUGGUUCCUGUUGGGUGCAUCCCAGUUCGGUACAGCUGCUCUGGUCUCCGGCUCUUGAGUCUCCAGAAGCUGUUGAGUGGUGAUUGGAUGGGGUUGUCACUUUUAGACAACGGAGAACUUGAGACGCCUUUGUCGAGCACUAGUGAGUGGUGUUCGUCCGCGCGCCAGGUUGGCCCAGGUCCUGACGGUCUGUCCGCGUAGUCACACGACCCAGCCAGCACUGUGCGUCCUGUCCUGCGAGGCCACCUCCUCCCCCCUCCAACCCUCAGUAGCCAGGUAAACGUUACAUUGUAUUAGCUCCAGCUCCAGAUUUGGGGGGGGGGUUGCUAUUUAUAAUGUAGUAUUUCAUAGACUUAAGUGUAUUCCUAAUUUAAUGGUGCAAAUAUUAAUGUACAUACUGUACAGUUCAGAUUUUAAAGCUGAUAUUUUUAUACCCCUGAAAUGCAAGACGUUUGUUACCCUGCAGUGCUAGAUUUGUUAGGGGACCAGAAAGCGCAUUUAUGGAUGAAACGAUUGCUUGUAUUUUAGUCAGGGUUUAUGAGUUUAGAUGGUCAAAUUUAUAUUGCCUAGUGAUGGAAAGUUCCAUUUUUUUUAUUUUUUUCAAUAUUAAAAAGGCUCUGUAUGCAUGGAGGGGCUAUGUAAAUACUCUUUAAAACUAUGGCCCUAUUAAUCUUACAAGUGUUAUUUAUGGGUCAAGCAAUGUAAACUGUAUAAAUGUAAAAACAAACAAAAAACCCCCCACACACAUACCCCUGGAAUAUAUGGUAAAAACAAGUAGAAGCUGUUUGGGCGACUAUUUUUUCCCCCUUUGGGAUGGAAGGGUGUGCCUUUCCCAUGUUAGCAAGGUGGCGAUGAUCUCACAGAAGAGGCCAAAAAAGCUACAAAGAUCUGCUUUCUGUGGCAGAGGACUUUGUAGAUUUAUUUCUUGAAAUUUCAUCCCUCCUUUCCUGCUAAUUUGUUGGUCUUUAACAGCAAUUUUGAAACCUGGGCCUUCUGGUUAUAUUUUUCUUUUAAAAAUCUUAAAAUUAGAGGAUGCUGGUGGCACUGAUUACUUCACGUUAAUAUGGGGUGAGUUCUAUUUCAAGGGAAGAUUAUGUUGGAUUUGAACUGAUGAGCUAAUAUUCUGAGAGAUGCCAUUCUUGCACAUAUGUUCAGUCCUAAAUAAAUGUCUUAAUGGUAUCUCAGACCUUUAGGAAGGUAUUUAAUAAACACUCACUAAAUAA